CGGGUUAGGGUCUCUCCCAAACAGUCACCAUGGCCAACGUCCGGCCCUCUACGCUCGAGGCACUCACCCGUCUACGAUGCUCAAUAUUCCAAACGACGUACAACCCCACACGCGUCCGUACUGGUGCUAAAUACCUUCGUGCCCGUCUCCGGGGUCCUUCCAUGGUCAAAUACUAUCCGCCUGCACUCAACAUCGCAGCCAUUGCACGUAAAUACCCAGCGUUGGAGAUCGUAGACGAGAAAGAGCAGCAGAGGUUCCAGGAUAUCAUUGAUAGGAAGAAGAGAGGGAAGGGCGCGCCAACUAAAUCAAAAGGAAAAGAGGAUAGCAAGCGGGCCCAGAAAAAACGGUAGAUGCAGACGCUUCUCCUGGAUAGUAGCAAUGAAAUAUCAUUCCUCUGUCUUCAUCCAGCUUUUCAGUUUGAAC